CUCUUGAAGAAGAAACCAAUGCAACCGUGAAGGUCAAACUCAAACCUAACUCGUCUUCCUUCACUCCGUCGCCUCUCUCAGCCCCCAACUCUCACCUAACCAAAAAAACCCAGCGCUUUCUCUGCAUUUCCUCUCAUAUAGUGAAGAUCCCAAAGCAAGUUCUCUCCUUCUCUCUCUCCCUCUCUCUCUGAGGCUUGGUCUGAGAGAACGAACGAGUCGGAGAAGAACAAGUUAAUGGCGAUUACUGCUACUUUCAAUCCGUCGACAUGCUCUGUUGGAUUUGCUAAGUUCAGUCACCACCGUUCAUCAUUUGCUUCUCCUUCCUCUCUUGGCCGCAUCGCUGCUUCCAAAACCUCAAUCUCCGCCUCCCCGCUGAAAUGGCAGGCGAAGCAGAGGAGGAAUACCGUGAUCGUGCUCUUUUCCGGCGGAGGCGGUAGCAGUAGUGGAAAUGGUGGAAAAUAUAGUGGUGGGGGAGGUGGUGGUGGUGGUGGUGGUGAUGAAGGAGAGGAAGCCGGCGAUAAGAACAAGGGGGAGGCGAUUCUGGCGCUUGCGGAGGUAGGGAGGUCUUUGGAUAGUAUACCUUCGGAUCUGGCUUCGGCGAUUGAGAAUGGGCGGAUUCCUGGAUCGAUUGUACACCGUUAUUUUGAGUUGGAGAAGUCGCCACUUUUCCGGUGGUUGCUUCAGUUCGGGGGGUUUAAGGAGCGGCUUCUGGCAGAUGAUCUAUUCCUUGCUAAAGUGUUCAUGGAGUGCGGCGUUGGCAUCUUCACUAAGACUGCUGCAGAGUGGGAACGACGGAGAGAAAAUUUUGUCAAAGAGCUGGAUUUUGUUUUGGCCGAUGUGUUCAUGGCCAUCAUUGCAGAUUUUAUGCUUGUUUGGCUUCCGGCCCCUACUGUCUCUCUUCGGUCAGGACUUGCAGUCAGUGCUGGACCUAUUGCUAAGUUCUUCCACAACUGCCCAGAUAAUGCCUUUCAGAUUGCAUUGGCUGGAUCGUCCUAUUCACUUCUACAAAGAAUAGGUGCUAUAGUGCGUAAUGGGGCCAAGCUUUUUGCAGUUGGGACCACUGCAUCUUUGGUUGGUACAGGUGUAACAAAUGCCUUGAUAAGGGCAAGAAAGGCAGUGGCCAAGGACGAUGCUGAUGAAGCUGAAGAAGUUCCUUUAUUAGCUACCAGUGUUGCGUAUGGUGUCUACAUGGCAGUGUCUAGCAAUCUUAGGUACCAGAUACUGGCUGGUGUAAUUGAACAACGGAUGUUGGAACCAUUACUACACCAUCACAAAGUAGCGUUGAGUGCACUCUGCUUUGCUGUUCGGACAGGCAACACAUUCUUAGGGUCAUUAUUGUGGGUGGAUUAUGCCCGUUUGGUAGGUAUUCAAAAGAUUCGUGAAUAGAGCAGACAGGUGGAUUUAUAGCGUCCCAAAUGUAGGUUUCAGGUUUUCUCCUUUUCAUUUAUCUAAUUUCUUAAGGUACUCAAUGUUUCUUGCUGGAGCUGUUGGUUCCCCAUUUAAGGUUGUCAUAGAAGUUGUUCAAUGUGCAAGAGUAUACAUAUUAAAUAACAAAGAUCUUGGUUUCAUCUCUUUAUCA